CUGCCUACGGCUAUUCAUGGAAAUGGAGCAUUAAUACUUACCGAUAGCCGUGAGCCAGAAAAGACUGUGGGUCAAGCUACUCGAAGCGGGGUCGGCGUAGAAACGACACGACUUCCGACAACUCUCCCCAACUCCCAAUACCACGCCCCAACGACUCCGGCGUACUCCCUUCCCACCGCAGGCAGGCAGGAUGAAAGUCCCCGCACCCGGCGUCUGGACGCCCGCCGUAACAUUCUUCUCCCCACAAACCGGCGCCAUCGACCUCCCCGCCCAAAAAACCUACUUCAAAUACCUCUCCGAAUCUGGCAUCACGGGGCUCGUCGUGCUCGGCUCGAACGCCGAAGCCUUCCUGCUCACGCGCUCCGAGCGCAUAAGUCUCAUCGCCGCGGCGCGAGAAGCCGUCAGCCCCGACUAUCCGCUCAUCUGCGGCAUCAGCGGGUUUUCCGUCGUCCAGACGCUUGAGAACGCCGCGGAUGCAGCGCAGGCCGGCGCGGACUUUGGACUACUAUUGCCAGCGGCGUACUACGGGCCAGCGACGACGAAGGAGGUGGUGAAUGGGUUCUUCGACGAAGUGGCGCAGAAGAGCCCGCUGCCCAUUGUGAUCUACAAUUUUCCGGGCCAGUGCAACGGUGUGGACCUCGACUCGGAGACUAUUGCUGGGAUGGCGCGGCGGAAUCCGGGGAAGAUUGUGGGCGUGAAGUUAACGUGCGGGAGCGUGGCGAAGAUUACGCGGUUGACGGCGGAGUUGUCGCCGGAUGUGUUCGCUACGUUUGGCGGGCAGUCGGAUUUUCUGAUCGGUGGGCUGGCGGUGGGGAGUGCGGGCUGCGUUGCUGCUUUCUCGAACGUCUUUCCUAAGACGAUAUCUAGGAUCUAUGAGCUGUAUACGAGUGGGAAGGUGGACGAGGCAUUGGUGCUGCACCGGAAAGCCGCGCUGGCGGAGAGCCCAGUCAAGGCGGGAAUCGCGAGCACCAAGUAUGCUGUGUCACAGUUUAGCGCGGCAGCAGCAGGUAUCGAGGAUGCGGAAGAGAAGCUGAAGCCGAGGAAGCCAUACCUGCCCGUCAGCGAAGCCGUAAAGCAAAACGUGCGGAAAGUGAUGGCGGAACUGGCGGAGAUCGAGAAGUCAUUGUAGGCCACAUAAAGGCAUAACCCGGCAUAUUCUGGGUCUUGCACCUCAUUGAGGCGCAUAAUUCAGCAAUUAGGAGCACUUGUAUUAAGGCGCUAAGAAGCUGUCAAAAGACAC